CAUCAGGGGCUUUAGACGGGUUCACGGGCCCGAGUUCUAAGGCCGGAGUGAUUAAAAAACAAUUAAAAAUGGGUUUGUGUCGAUGAAACGGGCCUUACGGUUGAUCCGCUAUGAAGCGGAUUUAGCCACGCGUCAUUUCCUGGUUGGACGAGAGAAACCGCGUAGAGGGGGAGGCAAGACGGGUUUCCCCGUGUCUCUUCUCAUUUUCUCUUGUCGAAACAAAAGCUAGGGUUUGUUGUGUGAGAGGCGAUAAUACGAGUGACGCGGAGUCUUCACGAGAUUCUCGUUCAAAUCGACGACGGAGAGUCUUCUCCACGACCUCUGGUAAGUAUCGAGUAGAUCGACGGUUUAAUUUCGUUUAAUUUGGUCGAAAUCGUUUACUGAGAUUUGAUAUCAAUUUGGGGUUUUCGAGUUUCGGAUGUAAAUCGAUAACUGGGUUUCGAUUAAUUGAUGUAAAUCGACAUGCGCGUUUAAUUUAGGGUUUGUGUGAGAUUUCAAAUCGAUUGAGGGGUUUGGAGUUAGGGUUCUCAAUUGAUUCGUUGAUUCGUUUUAUAGUUUUAAUUCCUCGAGAGGGCUCGAUAUAGGGGACGUUUUAGUAUAUUGUUUCGAUUAUAAUGUUCUAAUAUAUUGGGGUUUUUUCAAAGAUGGAUCCCGCGGAUGAGAGAAGCCAUUCAAAGAGACAAAAGGAGUAUUUUGACAUGCUACAAUACACUUGUGAUUCAGAAUAUGGGAUUCCUAGAAGGUGUUCCUGUGGUGGGAGAAUCAUCGACGAGGUUCGAGCCAAGGAGGAGUACGACACUCUUCCUGGGAAGAGGUUCUUCACGUGCGUCAACUACGAGGCUGAUGGGUUUCACUACCGUCAGCCUUGGGUGUUUGGUGUCCAGGAGCAGAUGGAACGCUUACUCAAGCGUCUUGAGGAGGCUGAGGAGGUGAUGAAGUGGGUGCCGAGUCUCAAAAACAAUAUUGAGACUCUGGAGGCCGAGGCAAAAGGGCUGAGUGACCAGGUUGAUCGACUAACUGGGGAGGUUUACAACCUGACGGUGCAAGUGUCGGUGCUGGAGAAGCUCUGCUUCGACUAACAAGCAAAGGUAAACACUCAAACUUAACUGAACUAGAACAGAACUGCAAGUAGAUGUUGGUUACGUCAUAGGUAGAAGUGAAUUAGGAUUGUAUUAGGUUGAGUAGAGCAUUAAAUGUUUAAUAAAGUAUCUGUUAAAAACAUUUAUAGUUUUUAAUAACUUUUCAAACUCUUCACUAGGUAGAGUACAACUCGUACUUGAUGUUUAAAAACUUAUCGAAAAUUUUAAAAGUGAUUUGAUUGGUAAUGAAUGGUAACUGUGAAUAAGUUGUUGUGUAAUUAAGUUAAGUAGUUGUGUAAUUUACUGCAGUAGUUGUUGUGUAAUAAAGCAAUGCGAAAACUAGUUUAAAACAUAGGCAUUUCACUUCUAAAAACACAAACAAUCAAACCUUAAAAAUCACACAAACCCCUUAACAACAAACCUAAAUCACACAAUGGACCCUUUUUCCCAAAACUCUCACGGGUUUGUUAACUUGUUAGCUUCGCAGAGCAGUCCUACAAUAGACGUAGACUCUGCUGAGGCACCUGUUAGCUCUCCCGGGUUAGUUAAACCAGCGGAAAGGAGAAAGUGGACCACAAAAGAAGAUCUUGUGUUGAUUAGUGCUUGGUUGAACACCAGCAAAGAUCCAAUAAUUAGUAAUGAGCAGAAGUUAGGGGCUUUUUGGAAGAGAAUUGAGGCGUACUUCAAUGCUAGUCCUCAGCUCAUUGGCUCCAUUCCUAGAGAGUGGGGUCAAUGUAAGCAGAGGUGGGGAAGGGUGAAUGCGGAGGUUUGUAGGUUUGUGGGUUCCCAUGAGGCCGCUCUGAAGCAGCAAGCUAGUGGGGAAAGUGAAAAUGAUGUCAUGA